AUGCAACACUAUUUUCUAUUUACUGCAAGUCGGGAUAUUGCAGAACGAAUACGAAAAGAAUUUGUCACUGCAGUGCUCAGGCAGAAUGCCGUAUGGUUAGACGAAAACAACAGCGGCACAAUCACAACGCAGUUAAACGAAAAUAUCACACAAAUUGAAGACGGUAUUGGCGACAAAAUUGGAAUGCUUGCUAGGGGAGUGUCGAUGUUCAUAGCAAGCGCAGCAUUAGCAUUUGCAUACAGCUGGAGGAUAACUCUCAUAUGUAUUGCAGUUGGUCCUAUAAGUGCGAUUACAAUGGCCAUUAUGUCCAAGGUAUGCAUUUGA